AUGCAAAGACGGUCAACAGCGCUUGCCUCUCUACCUCAGGAUAUCAGAGAAACCUACCAGCAACUCGAAAACUUUGCUGCUGACCCAAAGAGCGUUGUCAACGACAUCCUAUCCACUCCAGGGUGUCCACCCUUCCCUCCUAGCGAAUGGCUCAAUGUUGUCCGGUGGAAGUACGUCAUCCUCGCUAAGGUCCUCAACUCAGCUCAUACGACCGAGCUGGAUCCCAAAAAGACCCACGUCAUUGAUGACGAGAUUGAGCUUGCCUUGCAAGUCUCCAAGUCUUCAAUGGGAAUUAAAACAUCCUCUGACCAUAAUAUCGCCUUCUCCAUGUACAUUGAAGCAAUAUCCUUCGUCUUCCCUCAGCGAAGAGAUGAAUUUAUGCAAUACAACACCUACCUUAGUCGACUCUUCCAUGCCAUGGAAAUCCGCCUUCACUCACAUGUCAUUGAAUUUGACCAAUCCGUUAGAAAUCAAGUGGCCAUGCAAAGAAACCUACGCCUCACUGAUUAUCCCCAAUUUGAGCACCUCAGAACGACCUUCCUCACCUCCUUUGGCGUUGGUGCCAAUUCCACCUCAUCCGCAUCUAGUUCCGGGGGAAGAUCGAAUCAGAGAGACAGAUAUGGAGGAAGGGAUGAUCCCUGUCAUAAAUGGAAUAGAGGAACCUGCCAGAAAUCAGAUGGUGAAUGCCGGUUCUCGCACUGCUGUGAUCGAAGAGGAUGUCGUGGCCCCCAUCAAAAAUCAGAAUGUCUGAAUAAAGGAGGGUCUAAAUGA